AUGGUAUUGAAUAGAGACCCCGCAGAUUCCCAUCAAAUGGGGUUACGUCUUCUUGCAGUACAGCCGCGAGUACUCCUUCGCGUAGUCCGUAGCGCUUCGGUCGCCGCACCAAAAACGAAAGUUGCUGAGAAACCCGAGCCAGCAACACCGGAGUUGGCUGAGGAAAUAAAGCGCUGCUACUCUAAUCUGGACCUAUCUUUCCAAAACACAAAGGAAGCUUUCAAGAGCAAAACAAACACCGACAUCAUCCGAGCACUUCUUGUACUUCGAUUAUGUAGCAUUGAUGCACUCGUGAAAAACAACCACAAAAUCUUGGGCGCCCUCAGAGCGGUGCUUGGACAGACUUUAUUUAAAAAACUGCUGAAAAGCACAUUUUUCGGUCACUUUGUCGCUGGGGAAAGUCGUGAGGAGGUGGAGCCCGUGGUGGCACGUUUGAAGCAGUUCGGAGUAAAAUCGAUUCUUGACUAUUCGGUCGAAUCCGAUUUGAGUAGUGAACAAGCGGUGGAGAAGGCCAAGUCUUCUCAACUGGCAGCAGAGAUCGCUCCUGCAGCUAUCAAAAGCCGUAUCGAUCUAAAAACUUUGCAAGGGACUCAAAAACAGUACGCUGUUCACGAGGAGUUCGCCGACCGUCGAAAGGAUGUUGUCGGUGCCAGGACCUAUUUCUACGAAGGAGAAGAGACGUGUGAUCGUAAUCGCGACAUUUUCAUGGAGACCAUCGAUGCAGUGGCCAAGGUGACUCAUGGCGAAGGCUUUGCCGCGAUCAAAGCCACCGCUCUGGGCAGACCAACGCUACUGUUGAAACUUUCAGAAGAACUGGUCAAGAAGCUACAAGACUUCGGCGUCAAAGCCGACUCAAAGCAAGUUAGAGACUGGUUCAAGAGCGUAGAUUUCGAUGGUGACGGGUAUAUGGAUAUCCAUGGAUGGAGUAAAAUCCUUGAUGACCAUAUUAAACUCGGAAAUAUGUUCCAAAUCCUCAACAUCAAAACAGGCCAGUUGGAGCCACUCAUUCAGAACUUGACAGCAGAAGAGGAACAAGAGGUUGAGGAAUGGGUUGAAAACGGGAUGAUGGAGGAAUCUGUACGCGUCUGGGUCACUGAUGCCGUUCCACUGACACAGAGGCGUUCUCAUCCCCUGACUCAUAAUUUCGUUGUUUCGUUCUGUUAA